UAUUUGAACAGUCUCUCAACUAGUUACGUAAGUAAUACAGAGAGACACAAGAGUCUGUCUUCUUUGCAAAGUAGUAGUACGGGCAUUAAAGUGAUCUUAUUACACACUAAAGUCCACGAAUCAUUGUCUUAACUGUAUUUUCAGACCUCCCAAUUUAAUGCCCUUCUCUAUCUUUAUAUAUCAUGCAUCCAACUUUUUAUUAAAUCUCCUAAACCAAACCCACUAAAUAACUACACUACCAAAAAUGUUCACUAAAUCUAUCCUUUUGGCUUCUCUUCUUAUCAUCAUCUUCAUCUCUGCUACUGAAUCAGCUCGUCAAAAGAGCGGGAACGAUGGUUUAGGAUUCGGUGGAAUACCCGGAUCCGGAUAUAUACCCGGGUUUGGAAACGGGUUUCCGGGGACUGGAGUUGGUGGAGGAUACGGCGGAGGGUUUGGUGGUCCUAGCGGUGGAUUUGGGAAAGGAGGUGUGGUUAGACCAACUGUGACUUGCAGAGAGAAAGGACCUUGUUACGGCAAGAAGCUUAGGUGUCCUGCUAAGUGUUUCAAAUCUUUCAGCCGUUCCGGGAAAGGAUACGGCGGUGGUGGUGGCGGUGGAGGAUGUACUAUGGAUUGUAAGAAGAAGUGUAUCGCUUACUGUUAAGAUAUAAUAAAAGAUCACAUCUUUAUAAUAUAUAGUCAUUAUGAUGAUAUGAUUAUAUAUUUGCUAUGUUAUAGCUAUAGAUUAUGAUCAUGAGGAUCCUUUUGUCUCGAUUUGAUUUGUAGUGGUUUUUAUAUGCAUAAUAUAUGGUUGUGAUGAAUAAAUGAGGAAACUUUACUGUUUUCUUUAUUUGUGUGUUUGUUGUGUAAGAGAUUCUAAGUUAUUUUUGAUUUGAUCUUUUAUUAUGAUA